AAAGCACAAACCAAGAUGCCCUGGGGUUUCACCGCUCGCUCUUGCAGCAACUACAGAAUCACCUCUAGCACCUCCAUCAUACGUGGCUUCACAGACGUCCUUGACAACAAGGGACACCACUUUCAGCCGUCUACAGGCGUGUUUACCGCCCCUGCCAGCGGCUUGUACACAGUAGGCCUCAAACACGACGAGAGAAUCUACAUCCCAGCUCAAUUUGAGGUCAUCCACGAAUCUCCUGACCCCCAAGAUAACGGUGUUAGCAGACUCAAAAAUGUGGUGGCUGUGGCUUGCACAGCUGCGGAUCUGAUAGGCAGUGUUAGUAGCGAUAUUACUAACAUAUGGAUGGAAAAAGGGGACCUUCUGUAUGUUGCACUCCGUAUGUUAUUUGACGGGGAGUUUACUUUGUUGUUCCCGUCCAUGUUCCACUGCUAUAUCAUUUCAUGA